CAAGCGCUCUCAGGGCGAUCCUUGUGUUAAUGUUUUCAUUUUCCUUUGUGGCCCUCGGCGAUGCGCGCUCUACCCUUGCUGCUGGCAGUCGGCGAAAGCUGACCCAAUUCCAACCUCCACCGCAAGGCUACUACGCUCUGACCGCUUUCUGCCGCUAUCCCAGCCAAGACAUCUACGGCUUUAACAUGGGUUGCUACAUCAACGCAACUGACGCCUGCCCCGUGUCUCCGACCGACCUCAAUUCAGCGGUUUUGCAGGCAAUGGCCCAAGUGUGCCUUGCCAAGGAUGGCUGCGAGGGGUUCUCAUCUGAUGGCUGGCUCAAGUCCACAAGCCAGCAGGCCUUUGCUACUCCCGCCCCUGCGCUCCAAGGGCAGUUUCAGGGCCUUUACCUACGCAGACUCGGCUCCGGACCUCUAGCCGACUACUGCUUCUACCAGGGUCAGGACAUCCAGAAGUACACCCUGACCCGCCUGAGCGCGUAUCCGGAUACUUAUUUUGAUGGCAGCAAUGCUGAGGUCCUGGCAAAGCAGUGCAGCGCGACUUCUGGCUGCUUAGCUUUUAACACAUUGCAGUACCUGAAGACCACCGCGGACCUGUCACUUGUGAAACCGCUAACAUCCGUCUUCAGGACCAAGGGACAGGGGGUCUACCUCAAGGCAACGCUGCCCGCACCUCCUCCAAGCCCCAACCCUCCAAGCCCACCAAGCCCACUGCCGCCCAAGCCAUCACCCCCAAGCCCGUCGCCUCCUCCCCCUCCGAGUCCCUCCCCGCCCAGCCCCAAGCCCCCCUCACCUCCAAAACCACCCAGCCCAUCGCCGCGAAGCCCUCCUCCCCCUGCACCCGUGGGCCUCCUUGCUCUUGGCUCUUUUUGCCCUUACCCUGGGCAAGACAUCAAGGGCUAUGACAUUAAAUGCUAUACAUCAGGAGUAUGCCCUUUGGGCGACAGGACCACUCGUGGCCACAUUCAGGCGUUGGCAGAGGCAUGUGCCGCCACAACUGGGUGUCUGGCGUUCACCAGCGACGGAUGGCUCAAGUCCGCUGGUUCCGAGGCCAUGCAGCCCGCCACGGCCUCCUACACCACGCCAGUGCAGGGAACCUACGUGCUGCGACCCAAAGGCACUGGCCAGUCGCUUGACGCCUUUUGCUUCUACCAGGGUCAAGAUCUGCUGGAUAAUGGCAGCAAUGGCACCUACUACACGGAAGAGGACUUUCCCGACUCGUACAACAACGGAGCCAACGCGGUUGCCCUGGCAGACUUGUGCCUGAGUGACCCGGAGUGCCUUGCUUUCAACACCAACCAAGAUUUCAAGUCGACUGCCAAUCUGUCAUUGCUGACAUCCGUUCCCAGCACGUUCCCCAUGCGCGGUCAAGGACUCUACGUUCGCGCUUUCUUGCCAGCACCUCCCCCUGGUGUGCCGAACCAGCCAAGCCCACCGACGACGCCAAGCCCGCCGACGCCAAGCCCACCUAGCCCACCUAGCCCUGCACCGCCAGCAGUGGUUCAGCCCUACAUUGCACAGGUGGCCGCUAUAGGCGCGAGCACCUGUGUCCUGGUGGCCCCUGCGGGCAGGGUCAAGUGCUGGGGCGGGGGCUCUGACGGGCAGCUUGGUGGCCAAAAUACAAUAGACAUUGCAGGAAGGACUUACAUCAUCCCAGACGCAAGCAACUGCACCUACAUUAAUCUUGGCUCAAGUGUCGGUCCAGUGAUAUCCCUAAUUGCUAACCCCAAUUCGGGAAUGUCAUCCGUCUUUUGUGCGCUGCUUGCUGGAGGCUACAAGUGCUGGGGCCUCAACACCGACGGACAACUGGGAUACGGGCACAAGAAUGUCGUCGGCCUCUACAACAACACUAUGGGCGACGCCCUUCCAUACCUCAACCUUGGAGCAGAUCCCAAUACUGUCUCCCUGACAUUUGGGCCUAACCACGGUUGCGCCUUGUACAAAUCCGUGGGCAAGAUUAGGUGCUGGGGAGCGAACGCGCAUGGUCAGCUUGGUUACAAAGAUACCGCGUCGCGUGUGGUUGCCAACAUUUCAUCCCUCCCAUUCGUCGACCUUGGGAGCAACUUGACGGUCUCAGCGGUGACAGCAGGGUAUCAAAUGACCUGCGCCAUCCUCCAGCCUGGAGAUCGACUUAAAUGCUGGGGCAGAAACGAAAACGGAAUGCUGGGCAUCGAACGCAGUGAUAAUACUUACGGUGGCGCUACGAACCAGAUGGGUGACAACCUGCCUUUCGUCGACCUCGGCACGUACAACAGCGCAGCAGUAAGGGUGGCGUCCAUCGAAUUAGGGUAUAACCACGUCUGCGCACUACUGGCCUAUCCUGCCGGCAAGGUCAAGUGCUGGGGUGGCAACUACGGGGGCCAGCUUGGUCUUGGGGACACUGUUGCACGGGGCGGCGCAACUAGCCCACGUCGUAUGGGAGACGCAUUGCCCUACACGGACCUCGGAACAGCGGUAGACGGGUCAGUCCCUUCGGCCUUGACAGCGGGCUCUGCUCAUAGCUGUGCGCUGUUCAUGCCUUCUGGCCGAGUCAAGUGCUGGGGCGCCGUUGAUCGGGGGGCCAUCGGCUCCGGGGCUGCUUUAAACCUUGGUGACGGACCUGGUGAAAUGGGCGACAACCUCAAGUAUGUGGACCUUGGGAGCAACGUCACUGCCUCAGCAGUCGUUUCACUUGAUUUUGCCAUGUGCGCUCUCCUUCAACCUAGCAACCGCGUAAAGUGUUGGGGCACCAACAAUCUUGGCGAGCUGGGCAUUAGCACUGACUUGGAUCGUAACGUGGGUAUGGUCGCUAGUGAAAUGGGUGAUAACCUGCCGUACGUACCUGUGACAUACUAAUGCCACUGGGCCUAAUGCCUGAUAGGCUUCGACUUUUCGACAUGGGUCAAUGACUCUAAGGAGGCCCCAGCAGUGAUGAAAGCUGGUUGAGAUGUCCCAAUCAAGAUAGGUGCGAUCAGCAGUGUUUCAAUUUUUUUGGCUGGGAAAUUGUUUAGGAGCCAAGUGGUUACCCUUGGCCCUUUGGGGGUUAUUUUGAUAACCACCAGAUAUUUAGCAGCAUAUGACCGAGGUUGAUCGGCCACCAUUGAAGCUUGCGGCCAGCACUGGUUGCCGUUGCAGGGGCGGGCAAUUUUCGGGGUUUGGCGGCCAUAUUCCCAGUGACCACCUGGCUAAUUUCAGGGUUGGUAGGCCACCUUUACCGCUGCUUAAUUUCGGGAUAACCGCAAGGUCACUAGUAACCACGCACCAAUUUUAUAAAUACUGGGUGCGCUACUCCACCAUGUUCGGUUCUCAUCACUGCCGUACUCAUCAGUUGCAAGUGAAUUGGCCGGGCAUGGACGCUGCCGGGUCGUUAUUAUUAGUGUAAGUGCGUGCUAUGCGGUAUCUAGGCAUGCACAUGCAUGCGGCGUGGUUGUAUACGUAUGUGUGUGUGGCGGAGCUCCUUAGAGGGCGACGUCCACCUUGUUGCGUUCUUUGCCUGCUGUAUGUGGUUAUCGUGUGCUGAAAUAAUCGUGCGAUACUGCUACACUAAAUGUCAUCAGCGCGCAUGGCAUCUGUGGUAAGAUGUGGUAACUAGCCAGCUGUGCGUUUAUAGCUGUGUGUCUUCGAGCAUACCUUGAUCUUGUCAAUAGCGGCUAGCCAACUUAGGGAAUGCUCACGUGUAAGUUUAUGUAAACCACUAAGAAGAUCAACGCAGCAAUAAGAAUGCGUAGUCGUGUUCGCAAUUUGGUUUGCGACGACAGAAGCCUCUUGCGGCGUUUGCAUGGGUCGGGUACCAAUGAGGCGACCCAUGGGUCGGUUGAUGGUUGUUGGCAAAGGACAGGGCCUCCAUUGAGACUUUUCAAUCAGAGAGGCAAAUACAGAC